GACCUAAACAAGUGCAAUGAUAGGAUAAUAAACAGAAAAUAAUCCAUUAAAAAAUGGUUUGAUUCAAGGGUUGAAAUAUGUCAAAUCAAUGGUGUUGUAUAUUUUAUAGUAUAGAGGAGGCUUUUAAUACCUAUAGAUCGUUGAAUUAUGUUUACAUCUGAUUUGUAUUUGUCACAAUCUUUUUGAUUUAGUGCCUGACAACACUCCUGAGAUUUUCUUUUAUAACCAACAAGUUAAUAUUUUCAAGCCUCACCUAUCAUGGAGUUACAAAAGGAAGACGAAAGGAAUUGCGAGGAGCAAGAAAUACAGAACGCAGAGAAGGUGAGGUAACAAGAAACACGUGAAACAAAUAGGGGCAGAGCAAGCAAUCAAAAAAGGAGAGAACACCGGACAGGAAAUGAAAAGCUAAACCAGACACAAGUUAGAAAAAGACUGAAAAAUAAAACAGGAAAUCAACUAUAAUCCCUGACAAAAGUCUUGUCGCUUAUCUAAGCUGUAGGAACAACAAAUAAUAACUAGACUUGCAGUUGAUCAAUUGAAAUCAGAAGUAGCUUAUAUGAAAGGCAAAGCCCUCUAGAUUAUGCUUAUUAAACCAAAAGAAAAUUUUGUAUCAUUCUUUUAGAUUUAUUAUUUAAUUAGCACAGAAAGGUCAAUGUCUUGGCAAUGACUCAAAUAACUUAUUGAUGAAGCUAUCUGGAAUGGCAGAGAAAGCAGUCUUGGAGAACUCCCAGAGUUCAUCAAGACUUUUUGGUUUCGUCUUCCAAGUCUCCUCCUUCAUCUUACCCCAGACGUGCUCAAUAAUGUUCGUGUCUGGUGACUGGGCCAAUCCUAGAGCACCUUGAUCUUCUUUGCUUUCAGGAACUUUGAUGUGGAGGCUGAAGUAUGAGAAGGAGCGCCAUUCUGCUGCGGAAUUUGUCCUCUCUUGUGGUUUGGACUGUAAUGGGCAGCAAGAAUGAAUUGGUACUUUAGGCUGUUGACCACUCUGCAGAACUCUCGGACACCCCCAUACUGGACGUACCAUGAUUUUUCCUCCACCAAACUUGAUUUUUUUGUGGGUGAAUCUUGGGUUCAUGCGAGUUCCAACAGGUCUUCUGCAGUAUUUGACUGGGAUGCAGUUCAAUGGAUGCUUCAUCAGAAAAAUCAACCUUCUGUCACUUUUCCACUGUCCAUCCUUUCUGUAAGCUGUGGGCCUUGGCAGAUACGACACAACUUUUUUUUGGCCCUCCUCACCAGUUUGUCCACCCUUUUUUUGUCCCGGGCAGAGAUGCUGCCUGCUCAGCAGACCACACCAUAAAAAAUGGCUGAUGCCACCACAGAGUCGUAGAAGCUCAUGAGGAGUGGACCCUGUAUUCCAAAGGCUCUCAGCCUCCUGAGAAGGAAGAGUCUGUUUUGGCUCUUUUUGUUGAGGUGAACACCCUUGUAGGAGGUGACUCUCCCGAUGUCUGUUCCCUGGAUGUUCACCAGUGCGGGUGGGGUGUGUUGGCGUCUGCUGAACUCCACCACCAGCUCCUUGGUUUUACCAACGUUGAUGUGGAGGUCGUUACCCUGGUGGCAGGUUGGAGUGUUGUACCCAAAGUAUAGAGAGUGAACAGAAAAUGAGCCAAAACUGUUUCCUGUGGUGCACCUGUGCUACAGAGAAGCAUGUCACUGCUCUGCGUCCUCACAUACAGUGACCAAGUAGUGCAAAACGACUUAGACAUGAUGACUUCGAACUUGAUUCAGUGCAGCUUUCAGAAAAAGUGAAACUGUCUCAGUAACGCUGAAGGAUUAACAGAGCGGUUACAACACAAUCUGGCUGCAGUCUAUUUGAAAAUACAAACUAUUCUCCGUGCAUCACAGAAGGCACCACAGGAUAUCAUUGACCUUACAGAUCAGUCGUUUUCACUAUCAUAACCCAAAAAUUGCACAAAGAAUGUGUGGUUUAUUGGGCGUUAGCUAACUGGCCAGUUAAGAACGACUCAGCCCUCCACUCUACUCAGAUGGCCCUUCUGUGCAGUUCAGAUGAUGUAUGACACUUUGGAUAUGGAAAACCAUGGAGUUUUUGCACCUCUCGUGAGUGACUUAAAAACUCAUGGAAACUCAUUGGCUACGUUUUUUGGGGGGGUAAAACUAAAGAAAUAUGAAAACAAUAAUAAUGAUAAUUUACCUUGACAUCUCUCAUACAAGUUACUGUACACUCUAAUUUGCAUAUUCUGGAACACCAGCCAGUUCAUAUCAUCAAAGCACAUUCCGGGUUCUGUUUGCUAGAACACGUUCCUUUGAUCGCUGAGAGAGCUCACACACGCACACACGUGUUGGAUCCACAUUCACUUGUUACUGGAAGUUAUCAGAUUUGAAAUUUCUGUAAUAUCAUCAUGGCAAAUAACAACUCUGAACGCCUGAGCGACACUAAGAAGGAAUCGCUCAAGAAGAACUUGAAGAGAAAAGUCAGAGAAGGUGAAGAUGGACUCUCAAAGACAAAGAGGAGAAGACUGAACUACAACCAGGCUGAGAAGGAAUCAGGAUCGGCCUCGUCUGCGGACACUGGCAAUGAGAGCAGCAGCACACAGUCCAGUAGGUGCGGUACAACAGUGGAGGAUGUGAGCAAGAGGACUGGAAAGAGGAAGGCUGCCGCUGAUGAAGAAGAACCCUGCGCAAAGAGAAGGAAGGGCCGGCCAACCAUGAAGGAUUUAAUAGAUUCCCGAAGAGCUGAAUUUGAGGCCAAAUACCAGCAGGAGAAUCAUCUCGGCGAAGGAGGCUGUGGAUGUGUGUUUGCUGGCUACCGCAAAGCAGAUCAUUUACCUGUUGCCAUCAAACACAUAGCAAAAGACAAAGUGUUGUGCAAAGAGAGACGAAAUGGGAAAGAACUCUCAGCUGAGGUGGCUGUGAUGUUAAAACUCCAAGCUGGAAGAACUGGAUUAAUGGAGGAAUCAGCACCCGUGUCACUCCUGGACUGGUAUGAUCUGGACCAGGAGCUGAUCCUGGUGCUGGAAAGACCAAUGCCAUGUAUGGACCUUUUAAAUUACAUCAGGACAAACAGAGGCCACUUACAGGAGGACAAGGCAAAGAUCAUACUUAAACAGUUGGUUGAUGCAGCAAAUGAAGAGGAUAAGCGCAUCUUUCAUCGGGAUAUCAAACCGGAAAACAUCCUGAUUGAGACCAGCUCAGAUGUGCCGCGUGUUCGUGUCAUUGACUUUGGGACUGAGCUGUUUCUUCAAGAAAACAUCAGUUACCGUGUCUUCUGUGGUACCCCCCAACACGUCCCUCCGGAGUGGUACAGUCAUUAUACCUACAGGCCCGGCCCCACCACAGUGUGGCAGAUGGGAGUGGUCUUAUAUGAGCUGCUCCACAGAACAGUCCGAUUUGAUACCACAAGUUUCCUCAGACAUGAGCUGCCAAUCAGGGAUGAGCUGUCCAGAGAUUGCCAGGAUUUCUUACAGAAGUGUUUAAACACAUCCUACAUGCUGCGACCUACCCUGAAGGAGCUCCAGCUUCACCCAUGGCUCAGCUAAACCAACACUACACUCACACACGAGUUCAUGCCAAUACAAUACAUUCACAAUACAAGAACUAAUUCUGUUCUCGUUUUUCUUCACCAGGACCGUCCGCCAUGCUUAUACAGGUUUUCUCCGGGUGCUCCGGUUAGACCAACUGCAGUUCCUUUAGGCCCCCCGGCCGUCCGCGGAGAGGAGGAUCUCUCUUUGAAUUGCCUUUCCCGAGGUUUCUUCCCAUUUUUCAUCUGGCCUCAAGGUUUUGGGGAGUUUUUCCUCGUCUUCUUAGAGAGCUUGGGCCGGGUCAGGAGCUGCUUAUGAUUUGUGCUUAUGACGAAAGCCAUAUCACAUCAUAAGGAAAAAAAAAUGGAUACUAAUCUAUCAACUGGUCAUUUUGUGAUAUUAAACUAGAAUAAUAAUAAAAAAGAAACAACUUAGA